UCUCCAUGGUUUUUCUUGGUGGGUCAAAGUUUCAUUCAUGGCUUUCAUGGCAAGAUGGAAGAAACCCCAAAAGGUUGCUCUAAACAAUUGAUGCACAUAGAGGAAGUUUGUGUGCCAUAGGCGCAUGUUAGCUGGAUCCAUGCUGUCUCGUUCAAGUUCAGCUAGUAGUUGCCCAUUAACAUACUUUUAUUUCCUUCGGUUUCUCCGCCAUUCUUGGAGACCAAACAGUGAUCUUCUUAACUCCCACCUCCAUCUUAGGUUUCUCCGCCAUUUUUUGAGACGAAACAGUGAUAAUUAUAAUACCCAUUUCCAUCCUCGUUACAUUGAUCCAGAUUCAAUAACUUCUUUCUCAAUUUGGAGCUCGAAAACCCUUUUGGUGGGAUCUGAAAUGGCAGCUCAACCUCAUCCACCUUGGUCUCUGUUUCAGGAGUCUUUGUUCAGCUCCUCCAUUGCUCGACCUACCAAUUCCUUUGUGGGUCUUGCGAGAUCUUCAAUUGGGACUUCGAAUAUUUAUGGUUCCCAGAAGAGAUUGGCGAAAAGUAGUGACAAGCAUCUAAGAGUAUUGUUUUCAGUCAAGAGUAAUCAACCUUUGGCAGUGGAGGCUUCUAGAGAAAUGACGCAACAAAUGACAAACAAUGAAACAGAGACAUUAGAUGAAGUUGAACAUGGUUUAGAUGUGUUUGCUGACUUGAAACAUAGGUUUUUGAAUUUCAAAAAGCACAAAUACUUGGAAAAUUCAGAGCAUUUUGAACUUCUUGCGAAAGCUCAAGCACCCAAGUUCAUGGUUAUUGCUUGUGCAGACUCUAGAGUAUGUCCUUCUAACAUCCUAGGGUUUCAACCUGGAGAGGCCUUUAUGAUUCGAAAUGUGGCAAAUCUGGUUCCCCCAUUGGAGAGAGGGCCAUCAGAAACUAAUGCUGCGCUUGAAUUUGCUGUAAAUUCACUGGAGGUUAAAAAUAUAUUAGUCAUUGGUCACAGCUGUUGCGGAGGUAUCCGAGCACUGAUGAGUAUGCAAGAUGAAGAAGAUUCAAGCUUGAUAAGAAACUGGGUUGUUAUUGGGAAACCUGCGAGGGCAAGCGCAAAGGCUGCUGCAGCCCACCUCUGCUUUGAUCAGCAAUGUAGUCACUGUGAGAAGGACUCAGUAAAUUGUUCACUAGCGAACUUGCUAACUUACCCAUGGAUAGAAGAACGUGUGCAUAAAGGUUUUCUCUCUAUUCAUGGUGGCUACUAUGACUUCACCAAUUGUUCAUUUGAGAAAUGGACGCUUGAUUACAAGGGAAGCAGUAUAAAAGAGGAAGGAAGCAGACAUGCCAUCAAAGACCAAGCAUUUUGGUGCUGAGAUUUGCAUAUUUGCUUUACAAAUUUUUAUUCAUUACAGCUGUUGGAAGUAAUAAUUGCCUUAUUUUUUUUAUAUAUAAAUAAUAAUACUUCUUGUACUUGAUUAUGCUUUUUUUUUUUUUGGCUGUAUUUGUAUUUGUACUUGUACUUAUAGUUGUGUAGACUUUGGUACCAAGUGUAUUUUAUUCAACAUCUAUUACACAUGGUUAACAAUUGAAUACUACUUAUAAGAAACAUCUCUAUUGGUUUGGGGAUGGAUAAUCUA